AAAAUGUUUUAAUAAGCUUUAAGUCCCUUGCUACAACGCACGUCAGAAGGCAUCACACAGCUUCUAAGCAUUUCCCAAGAAACAUUUCGAUCUUUUUCUCCCAUGUCUGAACGCUCUACUUUCAUGCAUCUGCCGGGUGAGCUGCACCUCGAAAUCGCAAGUUAUCUUUGCUCAGCGGAGCAGAUGAUGCUACGACUGACGUGUUUCCAUCUCUUUACUCUGGUUAGGCCGAGGAACUUUACAAGAGAAGAGGAUCUCGUCGUGUUCCACCAGUCCAACGUCGCGGAAAAGUACGGGCUAUUAUGCUGUUCUGCCUGCUACAGAGUCCGGGACUCUUCCGAGUUUGCUGAGGCACAACGAGUCCACCGGAACCUCCGCAGGUUCUGCUAUGAUUGUAGUUUCAAGCAAAUUGGCUGUUUCUUCACUUGUGGUUAGCUUGUCGAAAGGUUGCCACAUACAUGCGGCCAUGCAUGCUCGAACGACCACAAAUCGGUUUAUAUACGACCAAGUCUUCCGGACUGGGUGCAAGGCUCUGGCCUCCCAUAAGAUCCUAGAUGGAUCGUCACGACAUAAUUCAUAGCUCUCGACCUAGUGUUUAUCCGUCUGCUCCGCGAACACGCCACAUCUCACACGAGGAACCAAUAUAGUCUCGCUGUUAGCCAUGUUAUAACUAUGUAGCUACAGUUGAACCCACUAGCUACUUCUCCAUCGAGAUAAGACUAUCAUGCAGCAGCUCACUUUCAGCAUUUCGGCAGGCAUCUCUGCUGUGUAUGCACCGAGGACCUUUGAGGACUUGACAGAGGCAUGGGUGACGGAUAUUCCAA